AUGAUGCCCUUUUGUCACAGUAUCAUUAAUAUCUCCUGUGUGAAGAGCAGCUGGUCGAAUGACACGCGUGCAUCCCUGUACAGCUUAAUGGUGCUGAUAAUUCUGACCACACUAGUUGGUAAUCUGAUAGUUAUCAUUUCCGUGUCACACUUCAAGCAACUUCACACCCCAACCAACUGGCUUAUUCAUUCCAUGGCCACUGUGGACUUUCUGCUGGGAUGCCUGGUCAUGCCUUAUAGCAUGGUGAGAUCUGUUGAACGCUGCUGGUACUUUGGAGACGUCUUCUGUAAAAUUCACACCAGCACUGACAUUAUGCUGAGCUCAGCAUCCAUCUUCCACCUGUCUUUCAUUUCCAUUGACCGUUACUGUGCUGUGUGUGAUCCAUUAAGAUACAAGAUCAGGAUCAAUGUCUUGGUUAUUUUUGUAAUGAUUUUCAUCAGUUGGAGUGUCCCUGCUAUUUUUGCAUUUGCAAUGAUCUUUCUGGAGCUGAAUUUCAAAGGGGUUGAGGAAACGUAUUACAAACAUGUUCACUGUAUAGGCGGCUGCUCAGUCUUCUUCAGCAAAAUAGCUGGGAUCUUGGCCUUUAUGACUUCUUUUUAUAUACCUGGGUCUAUCAUGUUGUGUGUCUAUUACAGGAUAUAUUUUAUAGCUAAGGGGCAGGCAAGAUCAAUUAUCAAUUCAAACCAGGAGCUUCAAAUUGGAUUGGAAGGCAAAAAUGGAAUUUCACAAAGCAAAGAAAAGAAAGCGGCAAAAACACUAGGGGUUGUGAUGGGAGUUUUCCUAAUGUGUUGGUGCCCUUUCUUUGUCUGUACAGUCUUGGAUCCUUUUCUGGACUACACUAUUCCACCCACUUUGAAUGAUGUAUUGAUUUGGUUUGGCUAUUUGAACUCUACUUUUAACCCAAUGGUUUAUGCAUUUUUCUAUCCCUGGUUCAGAACUGCAUUGAAGAUGAUUCUAUUUGGUAAAAUUUUCCAAAAGGACUCAUCUAGGUGUAAAUUAUUUUUAGAAUCAAAUACAUAG